AUGGAAUUGGAUAAAAAGCUAAAAAUUGAAGCAUUAUUAGCAGUGCAUCUUGUAAACUCUAGAGAGGAAAUUGAUGAGCUAAUCUCUGAGGAAAACCAGUCAGUUUUUGUUAGUGGACACCAACAAGUAAGCCUAAUGGCUGAGGUUAAGGCAGAUGAUGUUAAGGAUAGUAAGGUCUCUGAGAUAUCGACACAAGAAGAGCAACCAGAGACUGAGAAACCAACAGAGGAUAAGGUGACUAACACAAAGCAACUAGAAUCAGAGAAACCGACAGUUGAAGAGGUACUAGUACAGACUGAAAAAUCAAAUGCAGAGGUACAAACACAGAUAAAGGAAUUCAAAGAAAAUUUAGAUUUUGAGAGUAAAAUGGAAAGAAAAAGUGGGCGUUCAAAGGAGGAGGGGAGCGUGUCAUUAUGGGCAUUGUUCAAGUACGCGGACUCAAUAGAUUGGUGGCUCGUUGGUGUGGGUAGUUUAGGAUGCAUAGCUGAUGGAGUGUCCAUGCCUAUCUUAAUGGUCGUCAUGGGUACCCUGAUGAAUGUAUUUGGAAAUUAUGAUCAAUCUUCUGAAGCCACUAGGAUCGAAUUUAUUUAUGAAAUGAACAAGUAUUCUCUAUACAUGGUCUAUCUUGCUGUCGCCACUGGGUUUGCUGCAUUUUUAGCGGGAUUUUGUUGGACAAGGACCGGCGAAAGGCAGGCCUGUCGCAUGCGGAGGAAAUACUUGAAGGCUGUGCUGAGGCAGGACGUGGGAUUCUUUGACAUUCAAGGAACCACCACAUCCCAAGUAGUUACAAGCGUUUCCAACGAUACUCUUGUCAUUCAAGAUGUUUUGGCUGAAAGGAUACCAGACUUCCUCAAGAACGCAGUUUACUUUAUUAGCAGUUACAUCACGGCUUUCUACUUGACAUGGAGGCUGGCACUUGUGGCAUUUCCAUUCGUGAUAUUUCUCAUAAUUCCGGGAGUAAUGUAUGGGCGGAUUCUAGUUGGAAUCGCUCACAAGACGCGAAAAGCCAAUAGCAUUGCCUGCAACAUUGCAGAGCAAGCUCUGUCGUCGAUUGGAACAGUCUUUUCUUUCGUAGGAGAGGAAACAACAAUCACCAAGUUCGCAGACGCACUUAAUGUGAGUGUAAAGCUUGGAAUUAAGCAGGGCCUGGUCAAAGGCAUAGCAGUGGGAAGCACAGGAAUGGUACUCUGUUUGUGGGCAUUCAUAUCAUGGUAUGGUACCAGACAGAUAAUGUAUCAUGGAGCAAACGGAGGAAGGAUUUUUGCAACUGGAACUACUUUAAUUUUAGGUGGCGCAGCUUUGGGCUCUGCAAUUCCAAAUAUUCGGUACUUUUCGGAAGCUUGCACCGCUGCUCAACGUAUAUUUGAGAUGAUCGAGAGGGUGCCCAUCAUUGACUCUGAUGAUAGCAACGGAGAAAUUCUUGAACAAGUGUGCGGUGAAGUCGAAUUCAGAAAGGUUGAAUUUGCAUACCCAUCGAGACCAGAAACCCUCAUAUUUUCUAAUUUCUGUCUCACCAUCCGGCCUGGCAAAACAGUCGCUUUGGUGGGAGGGAGUGGAUCAGGAAAGUCUACGGCGGUUGCGUUGGUGGAGAGGUCUUACGAUCCUCUGGGUGGGCAGAUUCUGCUGGACGGAGUUGAUAUUCGGGAACUGAAUCUGAAAUGGGUGCGCAGUCAAAUUGGAUUAGUGAGCCAAGAGCCUGCGCUGUUUGCGACUUGUAUCAAAGAAAACAUUUUGUUUGGGAAGGAGGGAGGCAGCAUGGAGGAUGUUAUUGCGGCCGCCAAGGCCGCCAACGCUCACAAAUUUAUCACCCAGUUACCAGACGGGUAUGACACCCAGGUAGGAGAGCACGGAGGGCAGAUGUCUGGAGGACAAAAGCAACGAAUAGCCAUUGCAAGAGCCAUGAUAAGAGAUCCUCGGCUACUUGUGCUGGACGAGGCCACCAGCGCUCUGGAUGCAGAGUCGGAGAAGAUUGUUCAAGCUGCCCUGGACAAUGCUUCUAUUGGUCGUACAACGCUCAUAAUCGCCCACCGCCUCUCCACAAUCCGCAAUGCCGACCUUAUCGCAGUGGUCCAUGGUGGUCAUGUGAUCGAGUCUGGCCAGCACAGCGAUUUGAUAAGAAGAGAUGGUGGAGCCUACGCCACACUGGUUCAAAUCCAGCACGCUUCAAGGCAGGCAGAGGAGGCAGGAGCAGAGUACUACGAUGCAGGAGAGACAACAAAUACAAGUGAAUACGAGCGUUUUCUGAAGAAAACUGUGUCAAAAUUUAUGCAAUCAAGAUCAAGAAGCUGCAGCUUGGUGACCAAAUCAAGCUCACGCCAGUCCGUAUCAGUGCAUCCGGAACAGGAGAAAAAGCAGGUUUUAUCUUCUGCCCCAUCGUUCCGUCGGCUGGUGAUGUUAAAUGCAUCAGAAUGGAAGCAGGCUGUAAUGGGGUGUUUGGGUGCCAUUGCCUUUGGUGGAGUUCAGCCCACUCAUUCCUUCAUCCUUGGGUCCACGAUUUCUGUGUUUUUCAUUACAAACCACGACGAGAUGAAAGAGAAAACCAGAAACUACUCCCUCAUUUUCUUCAGCUUGGGGAUCUUUUCUAUGCUGGUUAAUGUGCUCCAGCACUACAAUUUCGCCAUCAUGGGGGAAUAUCUCACCAAAAGAGUCCGGGAGAGAAUGCUGUCGAAGAUCCUCAGCUUUGAAGUAGGGUGGUUCGAUCAAGAUCAGAAUUCCAGCGGAGCCAUUUGCUCCAGGCUCACCAAAGAGGCUAAUGUGGUGAGAUCUCUUGUGGGAGAUCGUAUAUCUCUAAUUGUACAGACUAUCUCUGCAGUGGCAAUAACCUUCACUGUGAGUUUGAUUAUAGCAUGGCGUCUUGCAGUUGUAGUGAUAGCAAUACAACCAGUUGCAGUAGCAAGCCACUACGCAAGAAAAGUGCUUCUUACUCGUAUGUCUGCAAGGGUUGUGAAAGCCCAAGAUCAGGGAAGCCAAGUGGCAUCAGAGGCUGUAGGCAACCACAGGACUAUUACAGCCUUCUCUUCACAGGAGAGGAUUCUGGGUCUGUAUGAAAAGACUCAAGAGGGCCCUCACAGAGAAAGCAUGGAGCAUUCUUGGGUUGCAGGAAUAGUUCUUGGGGCAUCACAAUGCCUGAAUUAUCUAACUUCAGCACUCAGCUUCUGGUACGGAGGGCGUCUUGUCUACCAUGGGUACAUCUCAUCCCAAGAGUUUUUCAAAAUAUUUCUCAUUUUGAUGAGCACUGCAAGAGUUAUAGCAGAAGCAGGGAGUAUGACCAGUGAUAUUGCCAAAGGCUCAGAUGCCGUCAACUCAGUUUUUGCUAUUUUAGACAGAAAGAGCCGCAUAAAUCCAGAUGAUGAAAAGGGCGAGAAACCAGCCAAAUUACGAGGGAAUAUCGAUCUCAAACGUGUUUGCUUCGCAUACCCAUCUCGUCCAGAUGUUAUGGUUUUCAACAAGUUCAGCCUCAGCAUAAAGGAGGGUCAAAGAGUGGCUCUUGUUGGGGAGAGCGGGUCAGGGAAAUCCACAAUUAUUGGGUUGAUUGAGAGAUUCUAUGACCCAUUCAAGGGGGCUGUGAUAAUUGAUGGAAGAGAUAUUAAAGGGUUCAACUUGAGGAGCCUCAGGCAGCAUAUAGGCCUGGUUGGCCAGGAGCCUGCCCUGUUUGCAGGAAGCAUUCGAGACAACAUUUGCUAUGGAAAACAGAAUGCAACUGAGGCAGAGAUGACUGAGGCUGCCAAGGCGGCCAAUGCUCACGACUUCAUAAGUUGUUUGAAGGAUGGAUAUGAUACAGAGAGUGGGGACAAGGGGGUGCAAUUGUCAGGAGGACAAAAACAAAGAAUUGCAAUAGCAAGGGCAAUAAUAAAGAAUCCAAGCAUAUUGCUACUGGACGAGGCCACUAGUGCACUAGAUAGCCAGUCUGAAAAGGUAGUACAAGAGACUUUGAAUAGAGUAAUGGUGGGAAGAACUAGUGUAAUUGUAGCUCAUCGAUUAAGCACUAUUCGUGAUGUAGAUUUAAUAGUUGUGAUUAAAGAAGGAAUGGUUGUUGAGCAAGGUAAUCAUUCUAAUUUGAUGGGGAAAGGAGUAGGUAGUCUUUAUUUUUGUUUGGUCACUAUGCAAGGUGCUAAUGAGCCAUAA